AUGGUGCCCCAGGCAGCUUGGGAGGCGGGCCAACCUGGCUCGCACAGCAAUUUUCAGAGUGCCAGGGUCAGCAUGGGCGAGGAGGAGCCCGCCUCCUGCGCCACCACCUCCGUGCCGGUCAUGGUGAUGCUGCCGCUUGACACGGUGAACGCAGACGGCGUGUUUCGCUACGCCUCCUCCAAGUGGUUUUUACCCGCCAUUCGCCAGCUGGCGGCCACUGGCAUCCACGGCGUGGCCGUUGAUGUGUGGUGGGGAGCCGUGGAGAGGUCGCCCAGGAGGUAUGACUGGAGUGGUUACCGCCAGCUCUUCUCCGCAAUAAAGCCCCUGGGCCUAAAAUUCCAGGUGGUGAUGAGCUUUCAUGCCUGCGGGGGCAAUGUUGGGGACAACGCCCUGGUGCCCCUCCCACCCUGGGUCCACAAGGUCGGCGACAGCGACCCUGACAUCUUCUUCACCGACCGGCCCCGGGAGUCGAGCCCCGGGCAACGCAACCGGGAGUACAUUUCCUGGUUUGCAGAGACGGAGCCGGGCUUGCUUCGAGGUCGCUCCGUCAUGGAGUGCUACAUUGACUUCAUGAGGGCAUUCCGGGACGAGUUCAUGGGCGAGCUGGGCUCGCUCAUAGAGGAGGUAGUUGUCGGGUCUGGUCCGUGCGGAGAGCUGCGAUACCCAGCCUACCCAGAGACAAACGGCUGGCGCUUUCCUGGCAUCGGCGAAUUCCAGUGCUAUGACAGGCGGGCCUUGGCCAGCCUGGCGCGCGCCGCAGGUGCCGCCGGCCACCCGGAGUGGGGGAACUCUGGCCCUUCAAACGCUGGGAGCUACAAUUCACAUCCAGAGGAGACGGGCUUUUUCCAGACCUGGAAUGGGGGUUGGCAGUCCCCGCAGGGCGAGUUUUUCCUGGGCUGGUACUCGGACGCCCUCCUAGAGCAUGGGGAGCGUAUGCUCACGGCCGUGACUUCCGUGUUCAACUCCCCAGGGGGCUCAAGCAGCGGUGACCCCUCGCCCCGCAGCUCUGACACGAUGGUGGGGUCGCCCCACACCUCGGUCGGGGUCGGAGGCACCCCCCCGCCGGCAAAUGGCACCCCCGACGGAAUGAUGGCCGCCGUCAGUUUCGCCGGCAUGGCGUCGCCCGGCGGCGCGGGAGGGUUCAACGGCCCCUUUGGCAGCGCCAGCCUGCUGCCCCCCGCCGCGCGGCCCGACCAGGACCACGCCGCGGAGCUGACGGCGGGCUACUACAACACGCCGGAGCGCGACGGGUACGCCGCGCUGUGCGCGCUGUGCGCGCGCCACGGCGCAGCGGCCACGCUGACCUGCGUGGAGAUGUGCGACGCUCAGCACCCGCCCGAGGCGCUGUGCGGGCCGGAGGGCGUGCUGCGACAGGUGCGCGAAGCCGCCGCUGCGCACGGCGUGCCGCUGGCGGGCGAGAAUGCGCUGCCCUGCUUCAUGCCGGCCUCCGUGGACGAGGCCGCGCUGGCGCGCAUCCUGCCGCCCCUGAGGGGCUGCACCUUCCUCAGGCUGACCCGGGAGCUGAUGGCGCCCUCCUACCAGGAGCACUGGGUGCGCUUCAUGGCACAGAUGAAGGUCAACGAGUCUGCUCGGCCAUCUGGCGACUCGGUGCCCCUGCACACGCUGCUGGUCACACCCGUGGCCGCGUCGCCCAGCGACCCGGUGGUACUGGUGCGCUGGGGAGGAGGCCCCACCGCCCUCGUGGCCGCCGCCACCGCCAGCGAACUAGUCGUUGUCUCCCUGGCCGGCACCCUAGGGAUUGGCCCCUGGGAGAGCCACGCCGGGACAAGGACGGGCAAAGUGGUAGCGCGCCGGCCCCUGCCCUCCCCUCUCUCAGGCUGCAGUUGGACGGCUCGAGUCGACGGUCUGUUUGUGUGCCUGGCAGACGGCACGCUGAGCAUGCUGCGCCUGGACUGGCCUGCGCGCCGCCUGACGGAGCACUGGACCAUCCGCCCGCCGGAAGCACAGGGCACGCUGGCAGCGGGGCAGUCGCCGGCAGCGCCCGCCGCCUCGGCGGCUGCGCCCGCCUGCCGCGACCCGGCCGUCUCCGUCUGGUGGCCGCCGGCAGAGUCCGGCGCGCAGGGCUCGGGCGCGCGGCGCGAGAAGCUGCGCCACCCCUGCCCCGUCCUGGGCCUGGCCUGGAGCCGGCGCUUGGACUCCUUCUUCUGCAUGGCCAUGGUCAUCCAGGGCCCCGCCCAGGGCUUUUACCCCGGCAGCCUGCGCGCCGCCUGGGCUGAGGAGGAGCCUGAGGGCCCGCCCGGGAUGGAGCCGGCUGGAACCGCACCCCACAUAUCCACGCUGACGCGGGUGCACGUCGUGCGCGCGCUGCAGGCGGUCGUGGUUUCUUCCUGGCGCGCCGAGGAGGGUCCCAGCAGUGCCGGCCCGGGCGCCGUCACCUCCGCGCAGGCGGUGCUCUGGGGCCAGCUGGAGCAGCGGAGGCCGAGGGGGGCGCACCACAUGGACAGCCCUCCAAGUCUGACGUGCCGCCUGGAGGCGCGGGAGGGGUCCAGCACGAUCCUGGUCAGGAUUGACUGCAGCCGCUUCGCCACGGUCCCGGCCGCCGUCCAGGAGCCCGGCACCUUCUUCCGGCCUAGGCCCACCCCCCGCACCGCAGGGCUUCCGCCCGCUCUGACCCUGCUGAGCGCCUGGCGCGGCGCCGCCACGGGGCAUGCGACUCCAGUCAUAGACAUCGCAGGGAGCCCCUACGGCGGCCAGCUGGGCAGCCUGGACUCCGGCGGGCCCGCCUCCGAUGGCGACACGCGUUCUCGGCCCUUGCGGCGCCGCUGGCGGACGCAGGACGCCGCGCUGGCGCUGGCGACGACGGGCGACCUGGUGGUCGUGGGCGGGACCGGGGACGCGCUCGUGGAGGCCCUGCCGCCCGGAACGCGGGCUGUGGCCCUGCACGCGAUUGCGGUGGCGGGCGGGGACCGUGGGGCGGCGCUCCUGCUGCUGGAAACCGCGGCGCAGGAUCGGGCCGGCCCACGCCUGGCCUGGACGCUGCGCUGGGGGAAAGAGCGCUCGCUGACGGGCUGCGCUGAAGGGGCCUGGGGCGGGGCGGAGCAUGUGCGAGUGCUGGGCGCAGGUUUGGAUCUGCUGCUGAGCGCCGAGCGGGGAGCGCUGCGCGCCUGGCGCGCGGUCGAGCGCGACGGCGAGAGCGGGGCGGAACUGGUGCCGGCGGGGCUGUAUGCGCUCCCCGACGAAGCAACCGUGCUGGUGGCGGCGGCGGGGGCCUGUGGCCUGGUGGCGGCCCUCACGGGCGGUCCCGCGCUGGCAGACUCUACACCACUCGCGGAUGCCUCUGCUGGAAAGAAAGCUGCCGACCCCCCCACGUUGCUGCUGCACGUCUGGCGCGGCAGGCACGCCGCCGUCCAGACGCUGCCGCCCCUUGCGCGAGACGGAGUUACAACAGCGGCCUCCUUGGCCUGGGUGCCGCAUGCCGUGGCACCGGCCCUGGCAGUGGUGCUGGGUGCCGAUGCGCUGCUGUACUGCCAGCAGCCUGGCGGAAGGACGAUAGCGGCCAGGCAUGGGCCCCUGCCGGCGCACGGCGCCACGACGCUGGCAGCGCUGCUUGCCUGUGGGGCGCCUGGGGUGGCGGUCCACCUCCUGAUCGCUCGAGCUGCUGCGCUGGAGGGCGGUGCGCCGGGUGGCGAGGCCGAAGCCGCGCUGCAGCGGGCGCUGGCGGCGCUGUGGGCGGCGUGGAGCGUCGCGCUGCGCCUUCCUGCCCUCCUGGCCGGCCUCAGGGAGGCGACAGCGACGCAUGUUCAUGGCUGGGAGCGAGAACGAAACGACCCAGACCUGCCGGACCCCGAGCGGGUGACCGCAGCGAUUUGUCGCCUGGGUAGCAAUGGCGGCGGGGCUUUGGCGAGGGUCCUGGCUGCCAGCGAUUCCGCAGGGCAUGCCCGCCUCGACCCGGCGGGCAGGGCCUUCCUGGACCUAGCACGUGCGGCGGGCCACCACGGCAUGCCACAGGGCGGGCUGGCAGCUUCCCUGCAGCUUCACUCCGGCCUGGGUCUGGAGGCGGUGGUCUGGGCACUCAUGUCAGGUACCCAGGAGGUGCUGCUGGAGGAGGCGCUGCCGAGCCUGGCUGCAGCAGUCGAUGGCAGCACAGCAGCGUCCGAAUCCGGCCCCAGCGCCGCCCCGAGCUUCUUGGGAACGAGGGCCGACGCCGGGCAUGCCCAGCCGCCGACCUGGGAGGCCCUGAGGGCUGCCGGGGCCGGCUUCUGGCUGCGCGACCCGGGGCUGGUGCUGGAUGUCGGCGAGAAGCUGGCCAAGGCCCAGUUCGCCGCGGCGCGGAAGCCGGACGCGUGCGCCCUGCUGUACGUCGCCCUGGGCAAGAAGGCGACGCUGCAGGGCCUGUACCGCACCACCAACGCGCGCAAGCAGGCCGAUUUCCUGGGGCGGGACUUUGGCCUGCCCGCCAACGCGCAGUCCGCCGCCAAGAACGCAUUCGUCCUGCUGGGCCAGCACCGCUUCUCCCUCGCGGCGGCCUUCUUCCUCCUGGGCGGCCACGUGAGUGAUGCGCUAGACGUGUGCGUGCGCGAGCUGAGCGACCUGCAACUGGCGCUCUUCAUACGGCGCAUCGUCGUGCUGGUGAUGGGAGGGAAGGGCGGCGGCGUGGACCACGCGAGUGGACCCAAUGCACCCGCAGCCCCACAUCACCUGGAAGACUGGGGCUGGGGGGCGGCAGCCCGCGCGGCGCUGCUGGGCGACGAUGCCGGUCUGCUUUGCGCGCUGUGCUGGCGUGUGCGCUGGGAGAGGGGCGGCGCCCUGGCUGCCGCGCAGCUCCCCGCCCUCGCCGCCGCCCUGCUCCCGCACAUUGUGGGUGUGGAGGCUGCUGUGUAUGAUGUCAAACGUGAACGUGAUGGCGAUGCCAUCGAUGAUGCCGACCACGCGACCCUCCUGGCCCAGCAACUGCGUGGGGCGCUGACCGCGGCCGCCACAAGUCUGGACGCGGCGCGGUUGCCGCUGUUGGCACUGGGCUCCGCCGCCGCGGCCAUCGCGAUCGGCCCGGCCGCGAAGGAGGGCGAAGAGACUGGACUAAGUAAAACACUUGACCCUCUCACGCCGUUUCUCGCCCGCCUGGCCGCCAGCGCCCUGGAGAUGGCGUUUGCGCCGGAGGCCCUGCCCGAGCGGCUGGGGUCGGAGCGGGACAGCAGCUGCAGCACGCUGGGGCUGGGCGCGCUUUCCAGAGUCAGCUCCUCCUCGCGGGGCGGGGGGGAGGGCACGGCAGCGGCGGCCUGGGAGCUGAAGAGGCAGCCCAUUGUCUGUGUGGACGGCGACCGGUGCGGGGCGCUGGCGCUGUGCUCGCUGACCUCCCCUGACGAGUUGGGGGGCAGGGCUCUCGUGGUGUCCACCCACCGCCACGGUCUCGUGGCCAGUGACGUCAUUCCCCUGGAAAGCGCGGCGCACAGGGGCGCGGCCGAGGCCGGGUCCAGGCCGGAGACCCCGGUCUCCACCCCCGACGUCGGCGGCUUUCAGGCGCCAGCGGCGCAGGGCGGCAUCUUUUCGCGCAUCAUCUCCCACAUCUUCGACCAGGCCAGCUGGGAGGAAAGCGAGAAGUGGGGAUCCAGCACGAUGGCCGAGUCCGAUCUUGGGUUUGGGGGCUUCGUCGGCGGGCCCACCAGCCCCCACACGCCACCGGCCCGCGGCCACAUCGACGGCCUGCCGGAGCUGGGCAGCAUGCACGCCAGCGCCCUCUGCGCCCACCCCACCCGCCAGUUCUUCUUGAGCGCGGAUGGGCACGGCUUCGUGCACCUCUGGCAGUUUGGCGAGCGCGAGGCCUUGGCCUCUUUCACCCCCCUCCCCCCGCCCGACCUGGCCUCCUGGGGUUCUGGUUCCCUCCUCUCCAUGGGCUCCCGCCUCUUCUCCGGCUCGCUGACCAGCCAGCUGGGGGGCUGGGGCUGCUGCCAGGACCUGGCAUGGUCCCCCGCCGCCGACGCCUUUGCCGCGGUGGGUGAGGGCGGCGUGGUCGCCACCUGGCGCCUGGGCCGGCCCAAGGGUGUGGAUGCCGACGGCCACGCCUGCGCCGAGUGGUGGCACCAGUGCCUGGCCCGGAAGGGGCGGGCGGUGACAUACAUCGACGAGGCCGUCCUGGCGGUGGGCGGGGAGGAUGCGUCCGGAAACCUGGUGCUGUGGGAUUCGCGUGCCUGCAGCGCCGUGGCGCGCCUCCACCCGACCACCCCCGGCGACGGUGUCACGCGCCUGCUGGGCCCGAGUUCGGGGCUCUGGAGCCUGGCGGCGGGCACGGUGGGCGGCGCGGUAGUGGCCCUGGACCUACGGCGGCUGAGCGGCGCCGCCGCUCAGCCGGCGGCUGUGGGGGCGGGGGCACCGCCCGCGCUGCUGUGGCAGGCGGCGCACAAGAAGGCCGGGGCGGUGACGGCGCUGACGCGCCUGGCCGGCGGCUGGGUGGCGGCCGGGUACGCGGAUGGCGACCUGCGCAUGUUUGAUCCCGGCCUGCCGUCCGCGCCGCUGGUGCUGAGGGAGGAGCGGGCACACGGCGCGCGAUCCCGGCGGCGGGCGGCGGUUAGCGGCCUGGCGGGGUGCCCCGAGGGCCUGGUCAGCGCGGGGGCCGACGGGGCCGUGUUCCUCUGGACCCUGGAGCGUAGCCCUGAGGGCCAGUCCAGCGAUUACAAUUGA